AUGGCAGCUGCUAACAGACCCCCAACAGCUCGCCCACAACAAGAGCGGGCACGGCACUUUCGUGCCACCAGUGGUGUACCAAACACCAGACAGCCGGACACAGGACCAGGAUGCCCGAGCCAAGACCCAGGAUCAACACACCAUCCCAGACCUGUCUUCUAUGUCCCUGCUCCGCCUCCACCUCAACCUCAAUUUCUCCACUACCAGUGGCCCAUGCCAUUCCCCUACAACCCGAUUGCUGGAUUCUCAGGCAUGGGCUAUGGGAUGAUUAUGCCCCCAUUCCCACCUUCCCCCUAUAUGGAGGCGCCAGCUUACGUCAUGCCCCACCCACAUGUUGACUACAGACAUUUUCUACACCCCAUGGUCCAUGCGCAAUGCCCACCGUAUCAGAACCCAAACCAGACGAGAAGAUUUCGCGGUCCGUUUCCUUUCAGUGUUCGUCAAACAACCAACUCUGAAGUCCAAACGGAACCUUCUGAAGGCUCUGUCAGUGACAAAGAGGGAAGCGUUCAUGGAGAUUCCGGAACAGGAACUGCUUCGUGUUCUCCAUCUUGCAGAUCUAGCUCCCAAAAACAAGAUUCUGUCGAGGUUGAGAAGUAUCGUUUACCUAGCGUGGACAUGGAUGUCCAGCGCAGUGGAAAAAGCAGUCCCAGUUCUGCAGAAAAUAAAGCUGUAGAGUCCUGUAGUGAAACAUCAGAAAAACAGAAUGGGCCUGCAGACAUGUGCAAUUAUGAAAAUGGCCCUCCCUGCAAGAAUGACCGUUGUAAUAUAUGGUCAGUGAGCUCUCAAGAUAGUAUGAUCCCGAUGUGUAACUCUUCACAACAAGAGGAUGAGUCUAUUCAAGAAAGGCAUGUCUCUGUCAGUGAUAUUUUAAAGUGUUGGAGAGCUGGCGCACCACAGGAGGGAAUACUGAAAGCAACAGAGAAGGAACUUUUUCACAAUGAAGAUCAGCUGGCUUUCAAAACUCGUGAGCAAUACGAGGGGCCUGUUUCUCAUACUGCCAAGAAGACUGGGAACGGUCCCAGGCUUCUAGGAUACAGAAGAGAAAGUGGAGAAGUCGGGGCGCCUCUUUCUAAAAAGUCAUCUGAUUCCCAGAAUGAAGGUGCACAGUCAUCGAAUGAGUUCAAUGAAUCCCAAGAAAAUGACAGACUCUUAGAUGAAAAUGCUUCUGGGAGUGUCUCUUAUAAAUUGCCUUUAAGUACUCCCCGAGUCGAAAGGAAAUUGAAUGAGUCGGUGUGGUCUGUGGAAUCUUUAGGACCCUUUAUCCCUAGUAAGGAAUGGAUUGUGCAAAAUAUGACGGCGUCACAGAUGGUUGCAGAGAUAGCAGAGGAACCUGAAGAUGGGUUGUCAAAACAAUACGACAUUAUUUUAGGUAACUGUGAUGGAAACCAGAGCAUAAACCCGCCCACCCCAGAUUCUGCGCCAAUGUCAGGUGGUUGUCUUAUUUACAGUACCCCGGCGCAGAAGACAAACCCACCACAAACUCCAAGAAGGAAUUCGGCUCAAUCCCCUGAAUCUCCAAAAGAGCAGUCUGGCAUGAAUCCUACAAAAAAUGAACCUUUGACUUGUUCACAGAGUGAUAUCACACCUUCUGGUGAAAGUGGGUCUCCUGAACCUGCGGGUAAUCAAAGCCCAAAUCAGAAUGCAUGUAAUGAUGUGCAACAGGUGAAAGUUCCAUGCAUUGCUGACCAAAGAGAAACUCCUUCAAGCUCAUUAGAAAACAUCCCAUCAACAGCCAAGUGCACACUGAAUGAUACAGAGGCUGUGAAAUCGGUGCCUGAAGUGGAAAGCAAUGAUGACCUGAGCAAUCAUCAACUUUGUGUUCUUCUGGCUAAUCCCAGAACAGCUGAAUUCUCUCCAGGAAGAAUGGGACAUUGUUUUUGCAUUGGCUGCCAUUGCAAUAAAUUCCACGAACCCAAAUAUCCAUUUGAAGAGUUAAAGUCAAAUGUGGGAUCAAAAGUAAAACAUCGAGCUGUGCGGAAAGGGAUCUUGACGAAUGCACGAAUACAGAAGAAAUAUGGUCCCUGGAGAAACAAACGACUUGGUGCAGAUGAAGAUCUACAACGUUGA